CAUACAUACACUGAUACACUCGGAAGAUCACACUGCUCGUCGCCGUCCACCGGCCACCAUGUCGUCGGUGUCUCUCGGCCUCCCAGAGCGGCUCGGCUACGUGCAGUGCAAGUUCUGCACCACCAUCUUGCUGGUGAGCGUGCCGUGCAGCAGCCUGCUGCUCAAGAUGGUGGCCGUGCAGUGCGGCCGCUGCUCCGGCAUCCUCUCCGUCAGCGUGGCUUCUCCCCCGCCGUCGCCGCCAUCGCCGUCGUCCGUCGAGCUGCCUCUGCAGGAGCUGGGAGUUGAUCCGCCGCCCAGGGAGUGGUCCGAUGAGAGCAGCGGAGCCGACGACGCAGGGGAGGGUCAGGUUGCGGAGAACAACGCCGCCGCCGCCGUCAACAAACCGCCGGUGAGGAAGCAGCGGACGCCCUCGGCCUACAACUGCUUCAUCAAGGAAGAGAUAAAGAGGAUCAAAGCCGUGGAGCCCAAGAUGACCCACAAGGAAGCGUUCAGCACCGCUGCUAAAAAUUGGGCUCACUUACCCAGAAUUCAGCAAAGGGAGACUGAAGGAUCCCCUGCUGGUGACACGUGCAAACUGCGCUAACGAAGGGAAGAAAUCAAGAAAAUCAGUGUACAUGUAAAGGAGAUGGCCAGGUUCAGGAAGCAUCCAAGUUGUAGCUUCGCAGAUAACUUAUGUAGUUAUAUGUAUCUAUGCGAAAUCCUGAUGCUGCGCAUCACAAGCACGUGUUGCCUGAAUCCUCUUUCAUGCGAUAAAU